AUGGGGGGCUGUGUUUCAAAACCAAAACAAAAGGUGAAAUCAAAUGCCAAGUACUUGUACAAGUCUUGCAAAUUUCGUCAAAAAAUUGCCCCAUCAGUUCCAGUUGCACCAGUCAAACCCCUUACUGAUGCAGAAAAUUAUGCAAGCGACUUUUCUGUCCAAGAAUUGGCUUCUUUCGACAUUCAAAGUGGCGAAACAACCAUCUGCUGCAGGUCUGAAGUUCAAACUUUCCAACGUUCUGAGUUGCAACAUAACCAUAAUGAAAUUGGCAUAAAUGGAACAUGCCAAGAAGAAGAGUGGUUUGACUCUGUUAGUGUUCUCGAUUCUGAUACUGAUGAAGAUUUUGUUAGCAAUGAUUGUGAUAUACUGCUGACCGAGUUUGACGAUGCAAUGAAUGGGUUUGGCGGCGGUGGCGUUCUGCUGCUGCUCCAUCCGGCUUUGGUUGCUGUGUGUGCUGAAGAAUUUGGUUUUAGAAUAUGUUUAUAA